AUGAAGGUGCUCAACCAUGCAGGCGCCCUCAGAUUGGACCAAGACCCUUCAUUUUGCCUACCUUACCUUACGCAGUGCUUUAGUGCCAACGGCCGCUCGGCGGAAAAGUAUUGGCUUAAACGCGAGGCAGGACCGCGGAGGAAGGGUCCUAUUGUGGUUGACGUCAUAACCUCCCGGCCUUGCUCUGCUAUGUUUUCCCUCUUGAACCCCUACAUUCCGAUUUCUCUCUUCAUUUAUCCAUAA